AUGGAUCUCGUCAGUAAGCCCGCAACCAUUCUCUUGGUUGGCAUCGUCAUAAUCUCAAGCGUUCGAAUUGCGCUCCGUUCCUUGCUUUCGCCGUUGAAGUACGUGCCCGGUCCUUGGUACACUCACUUCACCCACUAUGUCCUCAAGUACCAUGUUGUCAUGGGGAGAAGAAUAUUCUACGUCGACGACCUGCAUCGCAAGUAUGGCGACAUCGUGCGACUCAGCCCUGGCGAGGUUUCAGUGGUGUCCGUCGAUGGCCACAGAAAGAUCUACUCCGUAGGUUCUCGUUGUAGCAAGCACGAGUGGUAUCUAAAGCUCGGCGGACAUCCCUACCCAGGUUUGUUCACCAUGACCGAUCAUCAAGAGCAUGCGCAACGCCGGAAAAUGUUCGCCAGGGCCUUCACCAAGUCUCAGCUCAGAGUCCAAUGGGAAGAAACCAUCAAGGCAAUCGCAAAGAAGGCCGUGAUUAGAAUUGCGAAUGAUCUGAAGGAGAAUGGAAAGGCCGAUGUGCUCAAAUGGUGGACGUUCAUGACAUCGGAUAUUUCUGGGGAACUAAUGUUCGGCGAGUCUUGGGACAUGCUUGGAAAGGGACAGAAAAAUGAGUUCAUUCGUUCGGUGGCAAUCUACAUCCAGAGUUCCGGCCUGACCGCAGAACUGCCGUUGAUCAAGACUGUGGGUCGUUUGAUCCCGCACCCAUGGUGUCGAACAGCCUUCCGAGGAUGGGACUACGUCCUUGAUUACGCCUCCCGCGCUGUACAGAACAGCAAAAAGCGAAUGCAGAUGGGAGACCGAAACAUAUUUGGUACGAUUUUGGCUGGCGCCGAAAAGGGAGAGAUCCUAACCGAGUUCGACAUCAAGAACGAGGCCGGAAACUUUACGGUCGCUGCUACCGAUACAACAGCUGUUACUCUGUCCUAUCUCAUAUAUGCCGUUUUAUCCCGUCCGAAACUUCAGGCGGCAAUUGAGGCAGAAGUCGCAACUUUGCCAGACAUCUUCACAGAUGCGGACGUAGAGAGUUUGCCUUUGCUGAAUGCCACUAUCAGCGAGACGAAUCGUCUUUUCGCUGCAGCGCAGGGCGCUUUCCCAAGGAGAGCACCCGCUGGCGGCUUGAAUUUGGAAGGAUUCAUGAUCCCCGAGAAGACCACCGUUAGCGCCCAAAGUUACACAAUGCAUAGAAAGGAGGACUUGUUCCCAAACGCGUUGGAAUUCAAUCCGGAGAGAUGGUUCCCAGAGUCAAAUAUGUCCAGAGACGCCAAAGCCGUCGUCGCGCCGUUUGGGUCCGGAUCUCGCAUCUGUAUCGGCAUUCACGUGGCGUACAUGGAGAUACGACUGGCUGCGGCUGGCUUUUUCAGGGAGUGCAGUGAAGCUGUUUUGUCGGAGGAAACAACGCCCGAAUCAAUGAGCUUCAUGAAUUAUUUUGCCACAUUUCCCAAAUCUGGUCAAUGUAUUGUCAAGUCGAAGAGCACAUACAACAUCACCCAACCGCGUCGUUACAUGAGCAAACGCCAGCGGCCAUGUGAUUUCUGCCGUGCACGGAAGACGGCAUGUCGCAUCGACCUGGCGCCGCCAUGUCGUCUUUGCGUCUUGCAUGGGCGUGAGUGCACCUUCAUCGAGGCUGCAGCGCCCCGAAAGAGAACGGUGCCAGUCGACGGACCACACGCGGGCCCGGUAGACGCCAGUGUUGACGUAACACCUCGAAGGCAAACAGUCGCACCAAGCCCAGGUCAAGUCCUCGGGAGCUUCGCCGAUGGGCAGCUUCCCGAGGAUGGGACCAUGCACUUUGGCGAAGCCUUCAACUUCGACACCACGCAAUCCGAAUUUGAGGCCAUGUUCCGUAGUCCGCGGCCGCCUGACUCGCUGUCUGUCGCUGCUCUUGAGACUGAAUCACCCAACAUGAGCAUGGAAUCUGCACCAGAUACUGGCUAUCCCGCAGGUGCAAACCCGCAGUUCAUGGGUCUCAGCAGCGACAUGGACCCCCUCUUGGUCCGCCACUACCGAUUCAACGAUAUGGGCAUGUAUGGAUUUAAAGAGCUGGCCAUCCAUUCAGUACAGGAAAGCCCAAUCCCUUGUCAGUUCCUAAUUUCGCAACAGUCUCUGUUCUCUAGAAGGCGAGAGGAGGCUGGCCUCGGGAAAGGCCAGGAAGAAUCUCUAAGAGAGGAGUUACACAAGGUCAUCCCUUUGGAUGUUGGACGACGCCUAGUUCGGCUAUUCCAUCAGUUCAUCUAUCCGAAAUGGCCGAUCUUCUCAGAGUCGCAUCCCUUAGACCCGGAAUCAGCGCCCUCAUGUCUCGUCGCUGCGACAUAUGCCAUCUCACUACCUUUCGCUGUCCACGACGACAAGCUCAGUGUCGAUGUAGCUUACGACAGGCCUCCAUAUGCCGAACUCUCUCGGAUUAUUGAGAAGAGCCUCGCGUACGAAAUGCAUUCACCAACGCUCGCCAUCGUACAAGCACUAUUGCUGCUCAUCCUCCGGCCUUCUUCUGACCCAAUGGUCGCGGAUGCAGGUUCCAGAUGGGACCUAAUGGGGAGGCUUGCAUCUUGUGCUACUACUUUGGGUCUCCAUCUUGACCCUUCAAGAUGGUCCAUGGCAUCAUGGCAAAUAUCACAUCGUCGUAGGCUGUCUUUCAUCGUCUAUGUGACUGAUAAGUGGUUAGCUUGCGGCCUUGGUCGGCCACCGUUGAUUCACGAGGACAAUUGGCUUGUCACAACCGUGGGUUACGACGACUUUUCUGAUUCGAGCCUCGACGCUCCUGCACAAAAUAAUCUCAUACACUUCUCAGCUAUCACAAGCACGCUUGCAUUAACGUUAUCGAAGCUUUACUCCACAGGAAGUGUCGGGAUCUUAUCUGGGGAUCACGAGAGAACCUUCGACAUAGCACAGCCACUGCUAAAAGAGUUGCGCAACAUCACCAAUGAUGAUGCCUCAACCUCUUCUACUGAGAAUUGCCUUGGCCAGCUUUAUGUGCAACUGAUCAUCGGCCGAGCUAAGCUGAGGCCGUGGCUGGGAGAGACCACGAUCACGGAGUACCACUCGCAUGAUCCGUCGCGAUCUUUGCGAGUGGUAAGAGAAGAGAUGAGAACAUGUACUAUCGGAAUGUCUGCAAUCAUCCGGAGUCUAAGCCCCGAUACGGACGGCGGCUUCUGGCCUCCUUGGACUCAAUUCAUGUUCUCAUCAGUUUGCUUCACGUUGAUGACGAUGGCUGUUACGUCCACUGACUUUGAAGAAGCAUCACGCUGGAUUGCUGAUUUGCAGUCUACCCGAAAGCUGCUAAGAAUCAAAGUCGUCUCAUUCCCAUUUCUACGACUCGGACUUCUGAGGAUAGAUGCACUUUUCUGGCGGAGUAUUGAAAAUGUUCUUCAACUGAGACCUCAUGUUGCGGAUGCAUUUAAAGCUGCGGAGUCAGAACGACUCUAG